AUGGCGAAGGAUUCAAUGGUUGGAGAAAUCCGUAGUCCAUGGGCUGAUCUUCACCCCGAGCUGUUGAAUUUAAUCUACGAGAAACUGCCUCCCUCCCCCACCACCCUGAGCUCAGGAUUUGGUUCCGUAUGCAAGCCCUGGCCCCAAUUCCACGCCGCCGUUCCCCUGCCAACGCGGCAUCCUUCCUACUGCCCGAGGAAAUUCCUCCUCUACACGACCGUCGACGCCAUCCCGGACGCCAUGAUUCGUCACCAAUUGCAGGACGCGUACAUCGCCUACAGCUGGCCGAGCAACGGGUGGCUGAUGCUGCGGCAUUCACACAACGUUCAGAUCUUCGGUUGCUUCAAUCCCCUGCUCUCCUGGCCGCGGAACUACAUCGCACUCCCUGAAGGUUCCAAUUCGCCGUGGCCGCGGCAGAUGAAGGCGGCUUUCUCGAGCGAUCCUGCAGGCCCCGAGGACUGGACCAUCCUAGUCGCGGGAGAGCAGGGGUAUGGUUUCAGCACGUUUCACCGCGGCGAUGCCGCCUGGAAGAAUUACCGCCGCCGGUACCACUGGGCCAUCAAGUACGCAGGGUAUUACGUCGCGAUCGGGUUCAGAGACGGCGAGUUCUUCUGCCUGUUCGGCAGCGGAGACGUCCUGAUUUUCGGAAUUGGGGAAGGCGGUGAGCGGAGGGUGCUGGUGGCGGAUCCCCUUCCGGCGCCGCUGCGGGAUCUUCACAACCUACGAAUUGUGGAGAGAGGAGAGACGGCGUGUGUGGUGGCGAAUUGGAAGCAAGUUGCGGAUAGGCACGGCGGCGGACGGAGGUGGCGGCUGGGGAGAGUGGAGAGGAGAAGGAAGGAAGAAGUCGAGAGAAUGGUGGGAGCAAUGGACAGAGAAAGGAGGUGGAAUUUGGGUAAAAACUCUUUAUAA